UCGUCUAUUUGCAUGUUUAAUGCUAUAAACAAAUAAUUAACUGCACCUGAAGCUUUCAUAAAAUUAAAAUUGAAACACCUAAAACUGUAUACGGUACCAUAACGAAGAUGAACUGUAUGUCGAUACGUGAAAUUCUGGAGGGAACGUCAGACGGUGUGGCGUGGCGUGUCAUGACGUGUGACGUUAGAUCAAUCUACGUUCUAUAACAUGUAAAACAGGAACAUGAAAGGAGUAUUCUAAAAGCGACUCAUGUAAACACCUUAAUCAGAAUAUUAUCUUAUUCAGAAUAAGGUCAACAAUUAGAUUACUGCUGUCCAUGUAAACAUAGUCAGUGUUGCUUAAAAGCUAAAUGGAUAGGUUACAAAAUGAUUAUAUCUGGGUGAGGUUAAUAUUUGAAUGCUUCUUUCCAGGUUUACCUCUGAUAAUUGUCAGUGUAGUGCUUGCUGUGGAUAAAAACUGCUACGGUAGAACUCAUUCCCAAACACUAGCUGAAGAUUUCUCAUCUUUCUGCUGGUUACAGAAUGACAUGGCAUUCUAUGUGACGGUGGUGGCGUUCGUGGUGCUGAUCCUGAUCUGCAACAUCAGUGUGUUGGGUGUGGUGCUGGUGCAGAUACGAGGCAUGCAGCUCAGUAAAGAAGGCCGGUGCAGCAGAAUGCUGCAUGAAAUGCGUGUGGUGGCCAGCCUCACCUUUCUGCUGGGUCUCACCUGGAUGCUGGCCUUCUUCACCUGGGGCCCGAUGCGAGUCCCUUUCCUCUACCUCUUCUCACUCCUCAAUACUCUUCAAGGCUUUUUUAUAUUUCUGUUCCACUGCCUCAUGAAAGAGAAUGUACGUAAGCAGUGGAGAAUUCACCUCUGUUGUGGAAGAUUUAAACUCAGUGGCUACUCAGACUGGAGUGGUUCAGUGAUGCUGGGUGGUAGAGCUAAGAGUGUAAAACUAGCUCACACCCCAUCUGAAACCACAAGUGAACAGAAGAUUUCCAGGAGCAGCCAGAAAGAUGAAAAUUAA